AUGGGUUCCUUGGAUAAGAUCGAUUUCACUUCCUUCUACAACACUAUCAACAAUGAACUCACAACCACAUCAGCAACACGCCACAGCCUCAAUCCGGCCACGCGCAAGCCCAAUCCACCCGUCCCCGUCUCCACUGCGUCAGACUUGGACCGUGCUGUAGAUAGCGCCCGGAUCGCUUUCAAGACGUGGUCCAAAUUGAGCCCCUCCGAGCGCCGUAGCAAGGUUGUCGCCCUAGGUGAAGCCAUUGAUCUACACGCUGAGGAGCUCACGGCUCUCCUGGUCCAAGAACAGGGCAAGCCGCACGGCCAAGCAGCCAUCGAGGUUAGCAUGUCCGGAACAUGGUGCAAACAAAUUCCGCAACUCGAACUUAAUGAUGAAGUGCUCCAAGAUACUGAUGACCAGCGCGUUAUUCAACGCUUUACGCCCAUGGGUGUGGUCGCAGGCAUCGUGCCGUGGAACUUUCCCCUGCUGCUCGCAGUAGGGAAAAUUGCCCCGGCAGUUUAUACGGGCAACUGUAUCAUCAUUAAGCCAUCUCCUUUCACACCGUACUGCGCGUUGAAGAUUGGGGAGUUGGCGGCGAAAAUCUUUCCGCCCGGUGUGGUACAGGUAUUGAGUGACGAUGGGAAUAUUGGGCCGUUGAUGACGGCGCAUCCGGGAAUCAACAAGAUCAGCUUCACAGGAUCAACAGAGACUGGAAAAAGGAUCAUGCGUCAUUGUGCGGAUACCUUGAAAUCGGUUACCUUGGAGCUGGGAGGAAAUGAUCCCGCUAUUGUUUGUGAGGAUGUGGAUAUUGAGCAGGUUGUUCCGCAGAUUGCCACAUUGAGUUUCCUCGUUUCGGCCCAGGUCUGCAUGAUGAUCAAGCGUCUCUACGUCCACGAAAAGAUCUACGACAAAUUCCUUGAGGCCUUCGUCAACUUCACUAAGAACCUCAAGGUCGGAAAUGGCACUGAACCCGACGUAUUCUUUGGCCCUGUACAGAAUGAAAUGCAAUACGGGAAGCUCAAGGAUCUCUUCUCUUCUAUUCAAACCGAGAACCUUAAACCAGCCCUUGGAGGAUCUAUCACUGAAUCCGAGGGCUACUUUGUUACCCCUACUAUCAUCGACAAUCCUCCUGACAACUCCAGAGUGGUGCAAGAGGAGGCGUUUGGACCUAUUCUUCCGUUGAUGAAAUGGUCCGACGACGAUGAGGUUAUUGCUCGCGCCAAUGACACCGAUACAGGUCUUGGAGCCUCGGUGUGGAGCAAGGAUGUGGAUCGCGCACAACGUAUCGGUACUCAGUUGGAGUCUGGAUCGGUGUGGAUCAAUUCCCACUUCCAGGUUGCUCCAAAUAUUCCAUUUGGGGGUAUGAAGGCGAGUGGAAACGGUCGCGAAUGGGGUCUGGAGGGGCUGAAGAGUUAUACCCAGUCUCAAAUGUUGUGGGUGAAGAAGGCUUAA